AUGGAUCAAACUGGUUCUUGCGACGACAGCAGUGUGUUCGCGCGACCUGCAGAGGUCGUCGACGACAUCGCCGCACGUGUUUCGCCAAAGGAAAUGGCGUCACGAGCAUGGACUGUCCCAGCCCUCGAUGACAAAGUGUUCUUGCAUGCGUCUAUGCAGCUGGUGCAGCAGCAGAGCGAGACCCGCCAGCGUGUGCGCAAUUUGUGGUACCUCGUGCAGCGGCUGCGGUGGGACGGCCACAUGGAUGCGUCGGCCAUGGACAUGCUACGCACGGAUUUGGUCCAAGUUGUCAAGGGGCUGUCGUUGGAGAAGCUCGACGGCUCAACGGCUGUCAAGUCCGGCGAGCUCCUGUACGUCCACGCUGCGUCACGGCAAAAAGUGUGGGCAGUCCUACACCACGAUCACGGGCGACUCGAUCUGACGACAGUCGUGGACGAGACGUCGCCCAUGCCGUCGGAUCCAUUUGGACUCUCCAAGCUGUCGGCAUCACUCGCUUGGAUCCUCGACGGCGGCCAUGACACGCCAUCGCAAGGUAGCCGAGUGACGAAACCCGUUCAAGUGUUUGGAGCGACCGUGCGCAGCGUUGUGGUUCCUGGCUCGUCACGGUUGCAAGUGGAGCUGUCGUUGCCCACGUGUGCGGGGGGGUCGACGAUUCUCGUCCUAGAAGCGCCCACCGAAGCGUUGCACGCGGAAUGGAUCGACGCGCUGACAUCGGUCGCGCGCAGCGACCUCUUGGCCAUGCAAGCCACGGUCGGGGCUGCUGCGUCUGCCGACGAGUACAAAGCAGCUGUGGCAGCAUCGAGUCCGGUUCACGUCCCGCUGAUGUGGCAGCGCGGCGUCGUCGAAAAGGCAGAAAAGCAGGCCGGGCUUACUCGGCGCGACAGCAAGAACCUGUCGAUGCUCCAAGUGUUCAAGGACAUCGCGCGGGACAAAUACGUGGUCGACGGCGUUGCCGUGACAUCGUCCGACGAUGUCGUCCACACACUCAUGGCCAAGAUCGUGCCGUUUUUGCAGCAACUUCCGCACCUCCAACCUUUAUCUCCACGAACGUCGGCAUCUCCUGUCGCCCGACUAGCCAGAUGCAGCGAAGCCACCGCGCUGUCGUUCGUCGAGCGCGUCCUGCGAGGAAGCGCGCGCACGCAGAGCGGCGGAGACAUCUACGAUGCCGUUGCACUCGUGGGCGGCAACCCCAGCCUUGUGACGCUCUGCCCCGUGUCGCACGAUGUCCUCCCCGUCAUGCUGACCGUCGACACGACGGACCAAACCGUCCUGCACGUGUACUUGCAAGUGUGCAUGCAGUUCAAAGCGAUGCCCCACCAGCAGCAUCACAUGCCUGUAUCGUCGCCUCGGGCAGGAAGCGCGUUCUCGGGUCGACCAGACGUCGCGAGCCCAUUGCACAGUCCGCGUGCUGAAGCCGGGGACUGGGCGGUCUUUACGGGAACCCUGAGCCGUACGUUUACGUUUGGAGCGGCGGCCGACCCUGGUCACGUCAUCGUGGCCGUCGAUCCCUCGCCGUCAUAUGCCGACGAUUCCAAUUAA